AUGACUAAUGGGCACGACUAUGAGACAUCCCAGACAUGGCGGCAAGUCCCCUUUCCUGCCUGGAGCAAAAUACAUCCUGAGCACCCUGGGAAAGGAUCUGCGAGACUGCCAGGCAAGGCAGCCUUCGGGCAGCUGAGGGUGGAUGAGUUGAAACUGGGGUGGGGUAAACAAACAAACAUCCUUCUUGCCUGGUUCGCCGCUGCCAAUACGGUGGUGGGUGGGGGGGGGAAGGGGAUCCUCGAACCUGAGCUUAGCCUUCGAUCAACCCCCGCUGGUCCGCUCCACCGGCAAUGA